AGGGGGGAAGGCUUUUAAACAGUCCAUUUAUUAUUCUCAAUAGCUUAAUUUAGGUCCCGUGACUGGCGGGAAUCCUCGUAGGUCCUGGAUGGUAAGCAGCGAAGAGACUACAACUCCCAGGAGACAUUGUGUCCACACCCUCUGCGCACGCUCGAAAUCGGGGAUGCGUGAGGCAAUGGGCCCGAGGGGGCGGGGCCUGGGCCGGAGCCGCGGGGCCUGGGCGGGGAUAGAGGCGUGGCUGUUCGGGGGGCGGUGCUGCUGCCGGGGCCCGGAACACGCUAGUGGAGCGGAAGAUGGCGGCAGCAGCGGUGGCUGCAGUCGGGACUCCAGUCGGACUAAGGCGGAGAAGCCGCCGGCGCUAACCUCGCUCUGGCUCCGGUGCGCGCGGCGGAGCGUGUGCGAGGCCCGGUGCGUCGGGCAGGGGCGGCGGCGGCGGCGACUGCGCGCCGCCCUGAGGAGCACUCCGGCGGCGGUGCGGCUGCGGCUGAGGAGAGAGCCGGCUCCGGGCCUCCGCGUCCUCCUGCACCCCGGGACCCCCGCCGCCUCGGGGGGGCGGCGGCGGCGAUGUUCUCGGUCCUCUCGUACGGGCGGCUGGUGGCCCGCGCCGUGCUCGGCGGUCUCUCGCAGACCGACCCCAGGGCCGGCGGCGGCGGCGGCGGCGGCGACUACGGGCUGGUGACUGCUGGUUGCGGGUUUGGCAAGGACUUCCGUAAGGGCCUCCUUAAGAAAGGCGCGUGCUACGGGGACGACGCGUGCUUCGUGGCCCGGCACCGCUCGGCCGACGUUCUCGGGGUUGCAGAUGGUGUAGGAGGAUGGAGAGACUAUGGAGUUGAUCCAUCUCAGUUCUCAGGGACUUUAAUGCGGACCUGUGAACGGUUAGUAAAAGAAGGACGGUUCAUCCCAAGUAAUCCCAUUGGAAUCCUCACCACAAGCUACUGUGAGUUGCUGCAAAAUAAAGUACCUUUGCUUGGUAGCAGUACUGCCUGCAUUGUGGUGCUGGACAGAACUAGCCACCGCUUACACACGGCAAACCUGGGUGAUUCAGGCUUUCUGGUUGUGAGGGGUGGCGAAGUUGUGCACAGAUCAGAUGAGCAGCAGCAUUACUUCAACACUCCAUUCCAACUCUCAAUCGCACCACCUGAGGCUGAGGGAGUCGUCUUGAGUGACAGCCCGGAUGCUGCUGAUAGCACAUCUUUUGAUGUCCAGUUAGGAGACAUUAUCCUGACGGCAACAGAUGGACUCUUUGACAACAUGCCUGAUUAUAUGAUCCUUCAGGAGCUUAAAAAGUUAAAGAAUUCAAAUUACGAGAGUAUACAGCAGACGGCAAGAAGCAUUGCUGAGCAAGCCCAUGAGCUGGCCUAUGACCCAAAUUAUAUGUCACCUUUUGCACAGUUUGCAUGUGACAACGGAUUGAAUGUAAGAGGUGGAAAGCCAGAUGACAUCACCGUCCUUCUUUCGAUAGUGGCUGAGUAUACAGACUGACUCACUGAGUUGUCAAUUCCUGCUUUUCCUUUCAUCUUUCCAAAUUCUCCCCUGCCAUGUGUGCUGAUCCUGCUGGCAGGACCAUGUUUCUUUGCCACUGAUCUCAAUGGCCAGUGAUGUGAACCAAUGCCUGUCUUUCUGAGAUUCCAUUGAGAUCUUUGUUGAGAACCACUACUGUCUUUCACUAGCUUGUAUCUGCCAGCAGCUUUGAAGAGAAUCAAGAUUUGAAGUUUGCCCUUCACUUCAUAAGAUGGAAUGGAGGUUUUUCAAAGCCAAAAUGGCUGUUACUUUUCAAAAGUGGUUUAAAUAUUGAAAAUUGAAUAAUGGUAAAUUCAAAAUUACAGUGUGUGAAAGGGAUUUUAAAAGUUUAAUACAAAUUGUAUGUUAUGGUACAUCUAUUCAAAACAUAUUAUUCAUCAAAAGAAAUGUUACACAUGUACUAUACAGUCUUUGUUAUGAUGAUUGGGUGUACCUUUAUGUUUCCAUUAUAAACUCCUAUUUUUCAGGGGCUUAUAAUUCUUCUCUAAAGCAUUACCUGGAUUAUGAAAUCUUGAUCCCAGGCGCUUUUUUGUUACAAAUCGGAAGAAAAAUUCAGUUUAGUUCUGUGGGUGCAAAUGUUUUGUGGUUUUUAAGAGAUGCUAAAUUGCGUUUCUGUAAUGAAAGCUUUGGCAGUUUAUUGAUUAGUCCGAAUCACAGGCUGGUGGCCUGAUGCGCAGGAGAGGUGGGGGAGACUCCUUACCAAAAAAUUUUAAUGGAAAUAUCAAGAGUGUAGAACUCCACAAAGCCUAGAAAUUUAAUGUUAUGGCUGAAAAUCCUCUUAGCUGUCUAAUAUGAUGCCUCCACAUGGGGGCUCUACACCCAGAGACCCAAUGGGUAGAGAAGGGACAACUGUUAACUGAGUUUUGUAGGCUUUUGAUGGACAUGGUACUCCUAGUCUCACCCUCAGAUCUUUGAUUAGCCACCAUGCUUUCGGUAGAGCGUGCAUCAAAUGCAAGGAGUCCACGUGGAAGCGGCACUGUGACGGGGGCAGCAGCACAGAGGACAUGAGGAAAACUGGUGAUGAUCUGACAUCUAUUUGCCGUGCCCAGAAAUUUAAGGGUUUCUGAACCAAGCUUAAUGUUUACAGUUUCUUAAUAGCCAUCUUAAAGCAAUGUACAGUUGCCUCAUAAAACUACCCUAAAUUCAGUUUUCCCCUUAUCUGCAAGCUCAAACUUAACAAGGUUUAUGUAUGUCAACUGCUGUAAAGAUAUAUAUUUUGGGGUCAGUUUUUUCCUUCAUUAACUCGGUGGUAGAAAAAAAUAUAUACUUAGAAAUCCUUAAAUUAAAGCCAUGUUUUAUAUAUAAGUCAGGUAACAUUGGUGUAUAGAUGAAAAUGCAAUCAAACCUGAUGAGAAAAUAUAAAAAGUCUCUUUCUCUAAAGGAGAUACUUACUCCUUGGUUUAUUGCAUUAAAACUUAUGUUUGAGGUUACCUCAAUUUGUUUUAAAAUAUUGUUUUGUGAAUUUGUACUGUAUAUUUGAGUAACUGUCAGGCUUUUGUUUUAUUUAAAAUUGUUUAACAUGUACCAUGUACAUGUCAUUACUAUAUUUCAAUGCAUCAUGCUUGUAACAGGCAUUUCAUUUAUAAGAAUGAGUUAUUCAUUUGUAAGCCGUUCAGUAAUUUAUCUACUAUUCCUAAAUUGGCAUAAUGUUAGAUACCUAUUUUGAAUCAACUUUAAUUACAUGUCAGAAUGCCUUAACUACCCUAACUUAACAUAAUGGAAUUCCUUGUUGGUAGAGGAGAUAGGGUGGGGUGGGAAGGGGAGGGGGAGACUGUUUAAAUAAUGAGGACCCAUUGUGCUAUGAUAAAAUACGGAAGUGUAGUGGCAAGUGGCGGGUUAUUUAUUUUGCACAAACUAUUUGCAGUCUCUGUGUAUUUAAAAAGUAAAGAAAGUUGCAUCCAGAAAGAUUUUGUUGGAAGGUACAUUUAUACAUCUUAGGCUGAAGAUUUCAGUUCCUUUGUUUGGGUUUUUAAUUAUUUAUGGUUAGAUGUAUGUAGCCUCUGCAUUAAUUUUUCAAUGCCUACGUUUAAUUACUGGUAAGAGCAGUAUGGUCAAGUCACUGGCUUUUCUCUGCUCUCAUUUAACCCAUCAAACACAAUCUUUAUAAAGCUAGAUUGGUGGUGUUUUACACAACUCAUUUAAUCACCUAGUCUUUUUUGAGAUAUGAUUGUUAGAAAUUGACUGUGUUUGUUCCAGUGAUGACGUUGAAAAUAGUGGGACAAGAAAUAAGUUUCAUAGUGGAACCGACCUUGGACCUGGCUCAUAGAUUAGUGACACAAAAUAUUUUUGUUUUCUUUUUCCCUUUUUUGUGUUACGCAUUAAUUUUAUGACCACCGGAGUUCAGUUGGAGUGCUGCUUAACAAGUAACUCUCCUACUCUCAGUGGGUCAGAGGCUGUGUUAGACCCAUACUGGAAUUUUCCAGGUCACGAGACCCAAGUCUUUAUGGGGUGUGACCAAGAUAUACCACUUGUGGGUCUAAUUCUGAACUUGAUGUGUGUGUUAUUUUAAAUUAAAUAGUAUAAAACACACACACAUUUGCCUCAUGUAAUGGACUUUUAUAACAAAAGAAAAUUUGGAUUUUUAAUUUACAAAUGGCAAAUUAUUUAUCCCUCUCUGGAUGCACCAAAGACCGGUAAAGUUUAUAGCUUUUCCAUCUAUAUUUAUAAAGCAAUACUGUAUUAUAAAAGUGAAUAUUUUUAUCGUAUGCUUGAAGUUUUUAUUUUGUUCUGUUUUAAAAUGUGCACUCUGAACAUAUCAGAACCUUAUUUCAUCCUGUGUACUUAAAGCUGCCUGCGCACAAAAAUUCACUGAAUGGAUAUGCAGUAGAGCCCAUAGGCUCUUACAAAACUGAAAGAAGAAAUUGAGGGUGGGGGGGUGUUGUUCUGAAUUACUGUACUGGCUUGACAUGGUUGAUGGGUACUAAGUCACAAAAAAAUCCAUUCCAAGGUUGCAUGUCCGGGAGUUGGGCUGUGUCUAGAUUAGAAGCUAGAUUUCAAGUUUUGCGUGCAUGAUGGGAGAGUGUCCUCUCCUAUUGGCUGACUCUGUUCUAGACAGACAGUAGCCUUCAGUACCACCAACCUACCAAACCACGUCAAGUAACAAGGCAGGAGUUGUGGGAAUUUACUAUGUCAGUUUUUUUAGCAUUUUGGAGAUUGUAAACAAGAUUGGCUAGAACUGUAAAUAUUUGUACUUUUGAAAAGUUUGUGGUUCCUUGUCACCUUAUACCAGCUAUCUUUGGUAGAACCUACAGCAUCCAAUUUCCCUGGAAACUAUGUCACAUUUUUGCAUUUAACAAAUUUUACAGUAUCAAAAAAUUAAAAUCUUAGAAAACCGAAAAUAUAAAGCAGAAAGCAUUUGGAUUCUAUUUGUUUAAAAAAAUAUGAAUUUCUUUGCAAAAUUGAACUUCUCAACUAAAAAUUGAAAGUGUCCAUGUCAAAAUUUUGUUAGCAGGUAGUUUGUGGCAAAGAUGGUUAAAUAAUGAAGCAAUUUUGAAUUUGUGUAUACUAAUGAGCCUCUUUUUUCUGUUGAGACUAUCAUCAUUUAUCUUACCCAAGAGUCAGUGACCUGAAUUGGAUGUCUGAAAUAUAACUUAUGCAGGAAUAGUUCUGUAAAUACAUUUAAAUAAACUGUAAAGAUAUUUAAUAAAUAUAGUAUUUAUACUAA